AUGGCCGACGAGACCAAAUACGAGCAGGUUGGCGACAAUGCCAGCGACUACGAGAAUGGGUACCGACAGCCGGCACCGCACCGUCGUUGGAUGCCAACAAUAGCCGCCUUUGUUCUCGGCCUGGCCACUACGGCAAUCGCCUUCUCCCUCGUCCCAGCCCUGUCAAAACCGGCUCACUCCCACGCACGCACUAUACCGCGCGCGUCCAACGGCACCGACCCUGUCACCGGCCUGCCCCUCGCCUGGUCCCACGGCGACUGCGGCAACGCGCCUGCCGACGCCCGCGCGCGAGGCUGCCGCUACAGCAUCGUGCUGCACGCGUGGCUGCCCGCGUCGUGCCUGACGGCGGCCGACGACGAGGAUGCGAGGGACAUGUACAAGGACCGCGGCGGCCGCCGCUGGUACUACGAGACGGCAUCGGGGGGGCGGAAUUUGACGCUGGAGGAGCUUGGCGCGGGAGACUAUGAGCAUUUUAGCACAACGUUUGACUGGCAUGUCGCGCAUUGCAUGUUUGUCUGGAAGAGGCUGCAUCGGAUCUUGCUGGAUCCGACGCAGGAGCUGGAUACGUACACGGCGAAUUAUCACCACACGAGCCAUUGUGUCAAGAUGAUUGGUGGUCAUCCAGAAGGGAUGAAGGACUCGGGGACCAAGAUAUUUGUCAAGUAUCCAAAGUGCGCAAAGUAG